AUGUCAAUUAUUCUUAUCGUUUACUUCAUAUUGAUGGUUAUCGUACCAAUACGAACCUUCACCUGGGAUGGUCAGUUUAACAUUCAGGGUGCUUGUAAUACGACGGCAUGCUGCUGUCCUGCAGGUGACUUACUUAUUCAAAAGCGUCUUAAUGUGCUUCACGGGGCUUUGCAAAUAGGUGGUAGCGAUUGUACAGCAGGUUCGGGUCGGAAAAAUUUUACAGUCACGGGUGGAAAUACUGCAAAUGCUGUUGCAUCGUUGGGUACUUUUACACCAAGAGGUGAUAAUACCUUGGAUGUAUUAUUGGAUCAGAACACACCAUCCGGAGGUUCAUGUACAGUGACUAUGAGUCGUAUUCAAUCUUCAACUAAUGGUAGUGGUGGUGGCAGUCAAAAUUCUAGUAAUACAACUACAGCUAAAAAUCAUGUUUCAUCAAAUUAUGACUCAUUUUUCAUCAAAUUCAUAUCGAUCAUAAUGGCAACUACUGUUAUCAUGCAUAUUUGA